UUAUAAAACUUUUUCUCAUAUUUUUAUUUUAAUCCACAAAUGUUAAAACUUUAUUAAAAUUAAAAUAAUUUCAUAUAAAUUCCAUUAAAAACAUGUCUUUAGAAACAGUCCCAAAAGAUUUACGAGGUUUACGUGCUUGCUUAGUUUGUUCCUUAAUAAAAACUUUUGAUCAAUUCGAAUAUGAUGGAUGCGACAAUUGCGAUGAAUUUUUACGGAUGAAAGGAAACAAAGAUAAUGUAUACGAUUGUACGAGCUCCAAUUUCGAAGGAAUGAUAGCAGUGAUGAGUCCUGAAGAUAGCUGGGUGUGCAAAUGGCAAAGAAUUAAUCGAUUUUGUAAAGGUGUAUACGCUAUAUCAGUGUCUGGUCGAUUGCCCGCUGGUGUCGUACGAGAAAUGAAAAGUCGAGGAUUAGCGUAUCGGCCAAGAGAUACCAGUACACGAUAAAUGUUUUUUUAAGGCUACUGUAAAUA